AUGCCGAAGGGCGAAUCUUGCCGCCUCUACGUGCGCGGUAUCAUCCUCGGGUACAAGCGCGCGAGGACGAACCAGACGAACCACACGAGCCUCAUCAAGCUCGAAAACGUCAACACGUCCCCGGACGCGUCGUUUUACCUCGGCAAGAAGCUGUGCUACGUGUACAAGGCGAAGACGAAGAAGAAGGGGACGACGUACCGGACGUCGUGGGGUAAGGUGACCAGGGCGCACGGCACGUCUGGCGUCGUCCGCGCGAAGUUCAAGAAGAACCUCCCGCCGUCGUCCAUGGGCGGGAAGAUUCGCUGCAUGCUCUACCCGUCCUCCAUCUAA